UAUGCAGUGUGCAGUACUGCCUACAACUACUGUUUAGCCUACCUACGAAAUGCUAGAAACAAAACAUAAUAAUUAAUAAACAAUAAACAAAGCUUUUCUGAACACGAACACGAACUAAGUCUGACAGAAGUUUGGGAGUUUCUCUGAUAAAUUUUGAAAGCUGUGCAAAGAUAACAAAUAACUACAUACAAAAUGGCACAGUAUAAAGGUGCAGCAAGUGAAGGCAGUAGGGCGAUGCAAAUGAUGAAGAAACGAGAGCAAGCUCAAGAGGAGGUAGAGUUUCGAAAAAAGAAAAUAGAAGAAGAACUCAAAUUAUCUGGAAUGAAAGACAAAUUUGCCUCUCAUUACGAUGCAGUAGAACAGCAGUUAAAGACCUCAACGAUUGGUUUAGUUACACUAGACGAAAUGAAAGCAAAGCAAGAGGUGAUAGUUCAAGAAAGGGAAAAACAAUUAGCUAAAAAACUAAAGGAAAAAGAAAGGGAGAUAGAAAGAGAGUUAGAAGCUAAACAAGCAGAGAAGAAGAAACAAAAGCAACAAAUUCAAGCAUUGUCUUUUAAAUUAGAUGAAGAUGAAGAAGAAUAUAGUGAUCAAGAAGAAAUUUCAAUUCAACCUCAACCAUCAGUUAAGACAGUUGUCAUUAAAAGUGAACCAAUAGAUGAAACUGAAGAGAAUGAACCUGUGAAGAAGAAAGCAAAAGGUAACAAAAAUCCUGAUGUGGAUACAAGCUUCUUACCGGACAGAGACCGAGAAGAAGAAGAAAAUAAACUUCGCGAAGAGCUACGUCAAGAGUGGGUUACUAAGCAAGAAGCUUUAAAGCAAGAACCCAUUGAAAUCACCUACAGCUAUUGGGAUGGAUCAGGACACAGGAAAACGACACGCAUGAAAAAAGGAAACACCAUUUACCAGUUUUUGCAGCGCUGUUUAGAUUCGCUUAGAAAAGAUUUCCAUGAGUUAAAAACCAUUUCUGCUGACCAACUGAUGUAUGUGAAAGAAGAUCUCAUUAUACCUCAUCACUAUUCAUUUUAUGAUUUCAUAGUUACAAAGGCAAGAGGGAAAAGUGGCCCAUUAUUCAGUUUCGAUGUCCAUGAUGAUAUUCGAAUUGUGAGUGAUGCGAGUGUUGAGAAAGACGAGUCUCACGCUGGCAAAGUACUGUUGAGAAGUUGGUAUGAAAGAAAUAAGCACAUCUUCCCUGCAUCCAGAUGGGAACCCUACGACCCUACGAAGACUUAUGAAAAGUACAGCAUUAAAGAUAAAAAUAAAAAGGCUCCUUGACUACGUAAUUACCUAGUUGUUGCCAAUGUCUUGAUGAAUAUUUCGAUUUUCCACGUUCAUUUUGUAUGUUCAUCAUGCAGUGGACAUCAAUACAAAAAAGAAAAACAAAGAAA